AUGUCUUUUUCGUUUGGUUCUCUUGACUGGCAGUCCUGGAGCCUUUCCCUGUUGGAAACCACUCCUCCACCAUCUCCUUUCGAAUGGCCAUGGUUGACCAAAGUGUUUGAAAAAUCGCUUCAGGUGUCGACACCUUUGACAAUUGCCGUGGUGUACUUUUCUGCGGUUCAUUUCGUCAAUCCCAUGAUCACUCGCCGUCAAUUGAAGCAGGCGCAGAUCUCCGAAAAGCAGGCAGAGAAGUUGUCGGAGAAGGAGUUGAAGCGGUUGAAGCCGGCUCCGUUUGCCAUUGCUCGCACAUCCAUUUUCAAAUUGUUCGUGCUCUUGCACAAUAUCUUCUUGUGCUUGUACUCGGUGUGGACGUUCAUUGGUAUGUUGAGCGUGUUCUCUCAUUCAUUGGUGCAGAUGCAAUCAAAGACUCUCUCUGAGAGUGCUUUGGUCAAUUUCGUACAUGCUGUGUGUGAUGUCGAGAGUGGUGUUUUCCAGCAGGAUGUGAAGGAUUUAUCCUUGACCUUUUUCGGAUGGUGGUUUUAUGUUUCGAAGUUCUACGAGGUGCUUGACACAGUAAUCAUCAUUCUUCGUGGUAGACCAUCCAGUUUGUUACAGAGCUACCAUCAUGCUGGUGCUAUGAUGUGUAUGUGGAGUGGUAUUCGUUACCAGAGUCCGCCAAUCUGGAUUUUCGUGGUGUUCAAUUCCUUUAUUCAUUCGUUAAUGUACUUCUAUUUCACAUUGGCCUGCUUGAAGAUCCGGGUUCCUGCCAUCUUGAAGAGGGUCUUGACUUCCAUGCAGAUUUGUCAGUUCAUUGUGGGUGGCAGUUUGGCUAUUCUCCACGCCUUCAUUUGGUUGUAUGACUACAAUGGAAGUGGCAUCAGAUGUAUUGACACAUCAGCUCAGGCUUUGCCCUUGAUCAUCAAUGUCGUCUACUUGGCGCCAUUGACUGCUCUCUUUGCUGCAUUCUAUGCUGAAAACUAUUUGAAGCGCAAGACUGCCUAA